UCUUCACUGGAAGACUUUGUGAUAUCAGGGCUUAAGCAGACAUCAAGAAAAGAUGAAUUCCAAAAUUGCAAAGAAAAGUCAAAGCCUCACUACAGCUGAGGAGAUGAGAAACCAGACUAAGCUAGUAAUGCAGCCGUAUGCUAACUGGGAGGAAUACUUGGCUCCAGCUCCACUCUCCAUAGCCAUCCUGGGAGAGCUGGUCUUUAUCUCCUCUAAAGUAGAUUUCUCCAUCAACAAAAACCCACCGAAGAAUGGAUACCAGUACAUUAAAUAUCCAGAUUCAUUUCGGGCCUGUCUCAUGCAGGUGUGUAACUCUGGCUGGUGGGCUUUCAACGAGGCCCAUAAGAACAUGGACCAGAUUAGACUCAACACCCUUACAGUCCCAGAUUACAUGAAGACUGCUGUGAAGAUCCUGUUUCAAGGAAAUGAUGAGGUUGUUCAAGCCCACCUUCCUGAUCAGCUGGAAAGCAUCCGUCUUGUAGCUGAUGACUGUCUUGAUUUGGCUAAUGCAACAGAAAAGCGAUUCACUGAUGUCAUCAAUAUUAUCCAAGAACUGCUCGAAGCUUGUGUAAAUGCUGAGCACUUCUAUGGAGAGGAGAAGGAAGCAAUGAAGAAAAAAAUUGAGGAGGCAAAAUUGAGGAAAGCGUCAUCAGAAGAAGCUGUUGAAUGCUCUAAGAGGGCAGUUAAAGCCCUGGAAGAGGAACUACAAGAUACACGAGCUAAUUACAACAAAGUAAUGGAUUCCCUUCCCAGUGGAUGGCAAAUGAUGGCUAUGGAUUUUCAAAGAGCAAUGACUGAUAGUGUGUCUGCAAUAAUUACUGGAAUAACAACUGUAAUGUCAGACAACAUAAGUAAAGCCUCAACAAUAAUUGUUGACACAGUAACUCAGUUUGCACAAAAAGAAUCUGCCGAUUGUAUUGAUAAAAUUACCAUCUAUAGCAAAUCUACAGAAAUCCUAACGUGCACUAACAUUAUUCGGCAGUUUGUACAGGAGUAUACAAUUGACUGGAAAGACUUGUAUGACCAAAGACACAAAUCUACAAAAACAGACUUCAUAGAAGAGCAGUUUAAAAGAAUUAAAAGCGGUCUAGCAAAUAUCCCAGACUGUAAACCAAAGGAUCAAGCCCAGAAACUGUGUGAUGAUGGCAUUGAGAUCUGUCAAGAUCUAGCAAAGUAUGCACCAGAUGGAAAAUGUGAAGAAGCAGAAACAAUGGAUCUAAUAAACAGAAUCAGUAAGUUGUAUAAAUCUGCCUGUGUGUUUGACACCAAAAGCAAAAAUGUAACAAAGACCCCUGCCCUGACUCCCAAACCACCAAUGAUGUUUAAGCAAGAAAGUAAGUCUGAGAGAUUAGGGGCAUCCGACAAUACCAGGUUCCAAAUAGAGCAGAGUCGUGCUCAACUAAACAAGACACGAGAGACGUAUGACAAGAGUAUGGACACCAUGAAGAAGAAUCAGAAAGAGCUUACUGAAAUCCUGGUCACCAUGAGAAACUGUGAGGUUAAAGAGAUUGACUUUUACACCACCAUAAAAAUGCUGGUCAAAGGUAUGGAUGCUAUGGGUAGAGUAAAGGAGCAGUGGGAGAAGAUGGUGCGCUUCUUUCAGAUGGUGUCCAACAUUGUAAAAACCAGUCUAACCAGAACCCUGAAGGAUUUUGCCACCACAACUGAGAAAACACAAUCACUUUCCUAUGAUGCAAAGCUCUUUUCUAAAGACCUGCUCUACAAUCAAGCCUUUCAAGCCACCAACAUCGCCAGCCUCGUCCACAUGAUCUCCUCAACUUACACUGAGGUGUCCAAUAAGCACCUCAUGGAUAGAGUCAGUUCUCUAGGAAAACUUAUGGCCAUGGACAAAGAAAAGCCAGAGUUUGAGCAUGAGCGUGUAAAAUUACAGAUGUCCUGUGAUGAAGCUCAGAAGGCUAUCUUAGAUCUAGUGAUCAAGAACAAGAAGAAGUUUGAAAGGAAGACUGAUGCAAGACUGGAGAAGAUUGACAAAGAGUUGCUCGCCAUUCUUCCCUCUGCUUCUCCUCAAGAGAUGAUGAGCAUUCAAGCAGCUAUCGAAAGCGGAUUCACAGACGAAGAUGAAGAUCAAUAUGCUUAA